UAAAUGCACUAGAACUAGAUAGACAUCCAUCCAUUAUUUACUCUGUUUAUCGUCCCAUUGUCGCAGGCGCGUUGGAGUCUAUUUCCAACAAAAGUGUUAGAGCCACAGAAUCGCAUUUGAAUGUGCAACUUUAUUGUAGCCGUGUCGCUGCUUCUGCUUCCGGUUCGAGCACGACCCCAUGGGUGUUCCGCGUACGUUUCGUCGCGCCUAUUACGUUCCUGACCUGCCACUCAAAUCUUAUCGGCCUUAUGAUUGGCUAGACGUUUAACACAUGAUUUGGAUGUUACUCAAGCGACCCAACCUUCCUUACACCUUGGUCAAGAUGACACAGCUAAUUCCAAAUUGAACGUCACAGCUGCGGCAAUUUAUGUCAAUGGAAAAAAUGAACAUCCUGGUGGCAAAAUUAGAUCACAGAUGGAUUACUUCAAUUUUGGAAAAGUCUUGGAUACCAAUGGCCUCCAAGGUCCAUCUCUCCACAAUUCCUCCUCAACCGGUCAUCCCCUCAAAGAAACCUUUCAAAGUGGAUCUUGUCGGUGGGAAGCGUUACGCUUGGUGCACCUGUGGACACAGCAAGAAACAGCCUUUCUGUGAUGGAGCACACAAGAGCAAAGCCCAGGGCUUGUCCCCACUACACUUUGUCCCGGAAAAAGACGUCACAGUUUGGCUGUGUGGCUGCAAAUACACUAACAACCGUCCAUACUGCGAUGGCACGCACAAGCAGGACUUCAUCGUGUCUGCCCCGCUGCAUGAACAGACCUGAUAGUUCAAAUGGGCCUUGUUCCCAGAAGGACUGUUUGGCUUAACUGUGUCCAACCUCAGUGGCGAUUUAGAACAAUGGCCUGUGGUUGUAAAUUCAGAACAUACUAUACAUAUUUAUGAUUCUGAUAGAACUGUUAAAAGAACGGUUAAAUGUUUUUUUAUUGAAAGCUGACCUUAGUCAUGAGUCAAAAUAAAUGUUUUAAGAAAACUCCCAGCAUUGAACUUUUAUUUCACAGUAUGAUUCACAACUUCUUGCUGUUCUCAGAAAAUGAUUAAUUGGACACUGUUGGAAAAAACCCGAAGUAGUAAACAUUUUAUUGACCUAAAACAUGCACAUAUGGCUGUUUUUUAAAGCAUUAUUUGUGAACGGAAACAUACGGAAUGCUGAGUUUUAUGAAACAACAUACAUGUUCAUGUAGUCAAAUCCCUUUUGAGUUCUGACAUGAGACAAAAUUACGGCAGUCUGAUGCGCGCGUGCGCACACACGAGCGAGUGUGGGAGUGCUUAAAAAGUGAAAGCUCCUUCUCAUGGUGGCAAAUACUUGUUGGUUUGAACUUGUGGCCAGAGUCAAGGAAAGUGCAUCAACAGUUUUUGUCAUGAGAGUCAUGUGUUAACUUCUUGCUUAUAUUGGACACUUAUACAGCAGUUAUUGAAUGAUAAGGCAAGAAUUGCUCUAUUUUUUUUUUUUUUUACCUUUAUAUUCGAAUGG